CGCAACCUGGUUUACUGAGCUACAUAUCCAAUGGCCCAACUCCUAUUCGCCCUUGUCAUCCUGACUUCCUUCGUGGCUACGAUCUUGGCUCAUGGAAACAAUAAUAACACCCUUGCUUGUGUUGAGUGGUGUACAGAGAAUUUCUUAUUCUCGAGCAUCCCAUGUAUAGCGCUUGCAGCAACUCGGAAGGGACCUUGUUAUACUUGUGGACCCCUUAAAACUAGUGCGAGUGAACGGCUCUGUUCUGGCACUUGCAAAGAAACCAAUACUGACAGCAGUAAUUGCGGGCGAUGUGGCACCGUUUGCCCUAUCGGAUCGACUUGCUCAUCAGGUGCCUGCAUAUGCACGAAUUCUGGCUUAUCUCCUUGUAAUGGUUCUUGUCCCGCUCUGAACUCGGACAGCAAUAACUGCGGGAGAUGUGGCAACGUUUGUCCCGCUGGAUCCACUUGCUCAUCAGGCGCCUGCGUACCAUGCUCACAGGCGCCGACCACAUUCGCCGUGGGGUCUGGUCCGUUCAGUGUCGCAGUGGGAGAUUUUAACGGAGACGGUUAUCUCGAUAUCGUCAAUACGGAUUUUCACGACAAUACAGUGAGCGUCGUACUCGGGAACGGAGAUGGGAGCUUCCAGGCUCAGACCGCAUUCGCUGUAGGGUCCGGGCCAUACGGUGUUGCAGUGGGCGAUUUCGACAGAGAUGGCCACCUCGACAUCGUGGCUACGAGUUAUGCUAGUAAUACAGUGAGAGUCUUACUCGGGAACGGAGAUGGGAGCUUCCAGGCUCAGACCACAUUCGCCGUGGGGUCUGGUCCCUAUCUUGUCGCAGUAGGUGAUUUCAACGGAGAUGGCCACCUCGAUAUCGUGGCUACGAGUUAUGCUAGUAAUACAGUGAGCGUCGUACUCGGGAACGGAGAUGGGAGCUUCCAGGCUCAGACCGCAUUCGCCGUGGGGUCUGGUCCGGUAGGUAUUGCAGUAGGCGACUUCAACGGAGAUGGCCAUCUCGAUAUCGUGACUGGAAAUCAGUCGGGCAAUACAGUGAGCGUCUUACUUGGGAACGGAGAUGGGAGCUUCCAGACGCAGGUCACAUUCGCUGUGGGGUCUAGUCCGUUCACUGUCGCAGUGGGCGACUUCAACGGGGAUGGUCACCUUGAUAUCGUGGCUGGAAAUCAGUCGGGCAAUACAGUGAGCGUCUUACUUGGGAACGGAGAUGGGAGCUUCCAGGCUCAGACCACAUUCGCCGUGGGGUCUGGUCCGGUGGGUAUUGCAGUGGGCGACUUGAAUGGAGAUGGUCACCUCGAUAUCGUGGCUGCGAAUCACGUUAGCAAUACUGUGAGCGUCUUACUUGGGAACGGAGAUGGGAGCUUCCAGGCUCAGACCACAUUCGCCGUCGGGUCUGGUCCGGAUGGUGUUGCAGUGGGGAACUUUAACGGAGAUGGUGUUCUCGAUAUCGUGGCUGCGAAUGAGUUGGGCAAUACAGUGAGCGUCUUGCUCAGCCAGCAUUGCAACGCCUAG